AUGCUUCAGUUAUAUACAGAAGAUACAUUUGAAAUUGAAGGUGAACCGCUAUUUGGUUAUCUUCGAGGAAAAUACACAGCAAGAGAGCUUUCUUUGAUUGAUGACUAUGCGUUUGACUUAGGAAUUGAAGUGAUUCCAUGUAUUCAAACACUAGGCCAUAUGGGCCAGGUACUUCAAUGGCAGCACUAUGCGCAUUUACGAGAUAAUACUGAAGUUUUAUUGGCCGAGUCAGAACCUACAUAUGACUUUAUAGAGAAGAUGGUCCUGGCUGCUUCUGGACCUUUUCGAUCAAAGCGCAUUCAUAUUGGCAUGGAUGAGGCACAUGGCGUAGGUGAAGGAAGAUACAGACAAUUGUUUGGAUACCAUAAAGACUCUACACAAAUUUUUGUAGAUCAUUUACAAAGAGUCAAUGAAAUUUGUGUACGGAAUGGUUUGCAGCCCAUGAUUUGGUCUGAUAUGUUGUUUUGUUUGGCUGUCCAGAAUAAUUCUUUACAAGGCUAUUAUGACGAAUCAAACAAUCCUGCAGCAAGCACACCUGAAUUCACUGAAAAGAUGCCCGACAAUCUCAAACUUGUCUUUUGGGACUAUUAUCAUACAACACCUGACAUUUACUCACAAAAGAUCCAGCAACACCGACAAAUGGGAUGUCAGGAUCCUUGGAUUGCUACUUCUGUCUGGACUUGGAGCCGAUUAUGGGCUGCUUUGCCUUUUACAUUUGAAUCUGUUCGAGCAAGUGUGAUAGCAGCAAAAAAUAAGGAAGAUGGUGUAAGAAAUACGUUUAUUACUACUUGGGGAGAUGAAGGAAAUGAAUGUGAUGUGCUUUCUGCUUUACCAGCUUUGUUUUAUUAUGCUCAACAUGGAUACACAGACCAAGAAGAAGUUGAUAUUCCAAUGUUGAAAAGAGAUUUUGAAGGAAUAUGUGGAGCAAGCUUUGAUGACUGGGUUUUUGCUUCAAAGAUUGACGAUGUACCCGGAGGUACGCCUAUCAAUUCAAGAUCUAAUUUUGCUAGCAACAUGAGUAAAUGGUUGCUUUGGGAAGACCCGUUUUUGAGCUUUCUUUCGCCUCAAUACAACGACGAAGAUUUAGAGACACAUUACCAGAUGAUUAACAAUCAUUUAUCAACUGCUAUCUCUGAAAAACAGGCGUCUCAUCCACUCAAUCAACGUCUUGAACUUCCUUGUCGCAUUGCUAAGGUCCUGAGUCUCAAAUCACAUUUACGCAAACAUUGUAUUGCACUUUAUAAAAAGCGUGAUUAUGCCCAACUUUAUAAUGUGGCUCAUACCCGGCUCCAAAGCUUACGUCAAGAAGUGGAUGGACUAUGGAAAUGCCAUCGAUCCAUGUGGCUAAAGACGUACAAACCUUUUGGCUGGGAAGUUGUUGAACAGCGUUAUGGUGGAUUAAGAGCUCGCCUAGAGACUAUGUUUGAUCGAAUUGUAGCCCAUAUAGAAUAUAUGCAACAAGAGCAUGUCGAAGAGGAAGAUGAAGAUGAACAAGAUGAACGAGCUAAAAUACCAGAGUUUGAAGUAGAUUUAGAAUGCCUUUAUUAUGGUGUCAAGACAAACUUGCUCUUAGACCAUGCUCGCGUUGUCACUCCUUCUCGUCCUGGAUAA